AUGGCAACUCUGCAGUUCAUGUGCGCAAACUGGGAUAUAGACAGUACUGAUUGCAAAAAGGUCGGCCGAUAUACUUGCAAGAAUUGUUAUCUCGUGCUGUACUGCGGGCCGAACUGCCAAAAGUCCCACUGGGCGGUUCACAAAACAGAUUGCAAGUCGCCUCUAGGCAAGGAAACAUGGGAUCCCGACUGGGUUCAGUCCCACUGGGCGGUUCACAAAACAGAUUGCAAGUCGCCUCUAGGCAAGGAAACAUGGAAUCCCGACUGGGUUCUGGAGAACCGAAAACCGGCCUUUGUUAGAGGGGGAAUAGGGGCGUCUUCUGGAGGAAAGUGCUUCCUCUGGGGCAACAUUCCGGCCCUCGACAUUCUUCAACUUGGAUUGAACGAGGGUGAUGAUUAUAGAGGGAAGUUGCGCCUCUUGUUUGCCGCUUCCGGCGACAUUCGAAAUGUUCCUAUCGGCGUUACAAUGAACGACCGUGAUCUUAAUAUUGUGGCACGCAACGCUAUUAUGCUUCUUAUUGCCCUCGUAGUCGACAACAUCGACGAGGCAAUCGACUGCAUAAUCCACGUCUGGUACUCGGCUCUUAUUCGCAAGUCCGAUCUUGACAUUCUUCAACAACGGAUUUGUCCUCUUAUCGAAAGCGUUUGCGAAAAGAUCAAAAGCAAAGCAUCCAAUAGCCUCUUGGGAAAGACCUGGACAUUCGGUCAGCGCUCCAUGAGGUUUGUGCUACAAAAGUCAUCAUGGGAUAGCCUUUUGUUGUUCAUGAACAUUCCAGAGGGCUUAACGGCGGAGCGGGCUGGCCAAAUUCGCACAGCCGUUACUCUUGCUGAAUCUAGGAAAGACUAUCGUGAUCGACAUUUGCUUUUUCAAUCUCCCUCCCGUCGAAUUGCAAUAAAUCGGUUCUGGGGAGACGGACUCCUGCUACCGUUUGGGUCUCGACGCUCUGACUUUCGAGAACCAAACCCGACUUUCUUCCAGACUACCGACACCUGGCUGAUGCGUGAUAAUGCCGAUCCUCUUGAUGGAUGGUCUCUGAAGGAAGUUGAAGACAGUUCGAGUGGACCUGCAGCUGCUGAUAUUUACGGCAAACUCUUUUACUAUAUUCGCGCAGUGCUGCGAACUUUCCUUCUCCGUCUCUCGGGCUUGCAGGUGUCUUUUCAACUUUUUCAUAUGGAUGCUUCUGACCUGCCCGAUCAUCUUGAGGGCGGUUCUUUCAGCCGAAUCGAGGUCUCCAAUAUUUCGGACGCCGGGUAUCUUGGAAUACAUCGCACAAUUGGCUUGAUGGUGCCCUUACUUGAGGCACCUCUCAUCAACCCACAUGCGACGCUCAUUACUCUAUUUAUGAACGCUGUUGAGGAGAACAUAACCGAACAAGACCAAAUUGCCAACAUAACUCCGCAAAGCCCAACGACGAAACGCCUUUACAAGUACCUCCAGCCCAAGAGGAUCAAUGGAAUAAUGCCAAAUGAUCCUGAAAUCAUCAAGUUUUCAAUGGCUCGGGACAGUGUAGAAACCUAUGACCACAUCUUCGAUCGAUUCAUGAAGAACUCCAGGUUCUCUGAAGUCGCGCAAUUCAUGGGAGCGGCAAUGAAAGAGAAGCACACUGUCAUCGAGAAGUGGCCGUUCAGAUUGAAGCUCCGACCUGGUCAGCCCGGAGCCCAGGAGGAGUUUGACCGGCUGCUGGGUGGAGGGCCGACAGGAAAGGAGCGCUACGUAGAGUGGAAGAGGAUUUCCAUGUAUGAAGAUGAGAUUAAAGAUAAGUAA